AUGAACCACCCGCCUGGACGCCCGCCGCCCCGCCUAGGAGAAAAGGUCAAGCAUAUCAUUGCCGCCAGGAUGCUCUGCUGCGGUCGCAAAAAGGAGAACCACGAGGGCGACCUGGUGGUGUGCGUGGAAGGCGGCAGCGAGACGUGGGGUCCUCGCGUGGGCGUCGGAGGGCGACCGAGGCUGGCACCGGGCGCCCCGGCGCCCGAGAUGGUGCUCCAGGGGGACUUCCGCAAGGUCAGCGGCAUCUCCAGCGACGUCUUCCGCCAGAUCGAAGCCGUCGAGCGGGAGUUCGACGCCACCACGGCCGCGCACCUCGAAGCCGUGCAGAAGCGGGGCGAGAUGGUCGUGCGCCUCCUGGACCCCAGAGCCCUGGGCCGCGCGGGCGCCCAGGCCGCCAGACGCUACGCACAGGGCGGAACGGCCUUCGUCGAGAUCGUCAAGCGUCCAGGACAGACCCUGGGCCUGUACAUCCGAGAGGGCGACGGCAUCCGGACGCAGGAAGGGGUCUUCAUCUCGAGGAUCGCCCUGGAGAGCGCCGUCUACCACUCCGGGCUGCUCCGCGUCGGAGACGAGAUCCUGGCCGUGAACCUCGUGGACGUCCGCAACAUGAGCCUGGACGACGUGGUCAUCAUCAUGUCUAUCCCGCGGAGGCUCGUCCUGGCCGUGCGGUCCAAAGGCGCGGCGCGGGGGCUGCCACCGCUGCCACCAUCGGCGGACAAGCAGCGUCCGCCCGUGGUCAUCGUCAAAAGGGGCGUGCAGGAGGCCGACGAGGAGCUGCAGUGGGCGGCCCAGGAGAAGCCCCGCUACGCGAGCCCCGUCCGCAGGCAACCCGAGCCGUGCGGGCCACCGCACCGCUACCCGAGGACGCUCGAAGGGCUCGCCGAACAAGUGCACGCCUUCCGGGGAAGCCCACGUCUCGAGAGCUCUUCUGAAGCACGCAACAGAUACUGGCAGGAGCACGACCGGGGCAUGACGGCGAGGCGGCUCCUCCGCACCGAGAGCGAGCAGCGGCUCAUGCAGCCGGACCUGCUGGGCGGAACCGGGCGGUACUACUCUCUGCGGCCCUCGGCGGGCUCCAUGCACCGCCAGAUGCACCCGCAGCAACCGGGAGGCAUCCUGCGCCGACGCUCCCUCAUGGAGAGCUGUUCCGACACGGAGGUGCAGUCCGGCCGGCGGCCCCUUCAGGGUCCCCUGAUGGGGCCCGGCACGCUGGGGCCCGGCGUGGGGCCCCCGGGGGGCCGCUCGCUGUCCGGCCGCUCCAACUCCCUGCCGCGGGGCGUGGCUCUCGGGGUGCUGGACCCCCGGAGGGGCUUCCGGCACGGGGUUCGCUUCGAGCGUGCCGCUUACGACUCCCAGGAGGACAGCGACGGGGCGCUCUCGGCGCCCGAGCUCCCCGCCCAGGGGAGGCCCCGGAGACCCAAAGUUCGUCCGACGUCGGUGCCCGUUCCCGCUGCAGGGUCUCCGUGCGGCAGCGUCCUGACCGGAGGCCCACUGCCCGGCGUGUUCUCGUCGGCUGAGUACCGGGCCUGGAUGCGCCGAGCCCCGUCCACCUCGGCCCUGUACGAGCGCGUCGGGAGGCUCACGCCCCAGGGUGCAACGCUGGGCGGCACGGCCUCGCUGCCGCGUCGCCCAUUGCCCAGGGUCGCCCACAGCGCCGAGAGCUUGCUCGACUCCCUUAGACAGGAGCAACACCAGCACCGGAUGGAGAUGCAGCAGCAACAGCAGCACCACCACCGCGGCAUGAUGCCCAUGUCUGCGAGCGGCCUGCUGCCAGGGGCGGGGGGCUGGCACCCGGCUCUGGAGAUGGGCGCGGCCGCAACCCUGCGUCCCAUGGGCCGCUCGUCGUCGCUGCUUUUCCCGCGCCCGCUGCGGCUGCCGCACGCCCUUAGCCUCGACUACGUGUGCGCCGAGGACAGAGCCCUGUGUCUCAACCCUAGGGAGUUUCUCAAGUACAGGCCGGAGAAGGAGUCGGAGUCGGUGCUGGCGGGGGGCUUCAGCGGGCUGCUGUGGCUCCACCUGCUGGGCGCCCGGGGCCUCCGCGGCCAGGGCCCCAGGGACUUGUACUGCGUCAUCGAGACGGACCGGGCCCACAAAGCGCGCACCGUCGUCCGCUCGGGAGACCACAGCUUCGACUGGGACGAGGUGUUCGAGCUGGACCUCGUGGACAACCGCACGGUGGCGUUCCUGCUGUACAGCUGGGACCCCCAGUCUCGCCACAAGUUGUGCUACAAGGGCACGGUGCAGCUGCUGUCGGCGCUGCGCGAGGCGCCCGCACACAGCCUGGCCCUGCGGCUGGAGCCCCGCGGGGCGCUGUACCUCAAGCUCCGCUACAGGGACCCCCGCCACACCUUCCAGCGGAGCCCCAACUACGCCGGGGGCAUGUUCGGGGCGCCCCUCGACGCCCUCGUGGCCCGGGAGAAGGGCCCCGUGCCGCUCAUCGUGCAGCGAUGUGUGCAGCAGGUGGAGGCCCGCGGUCUAGACAUCGUGGGCAUUUACCGGCUGUGCGGCUCGGCCGUGCGCAAGCGGAUGCUGCGCGAGGCCAUUGAACGAAGCUGCGCCACGGGCGCCUGGAAGGUGGACCUGUCGGCCGAGCAGGUGCCGGACAUCAACGUGGUCACCAGUCUGCUGAAAGAUUACCUCCGCGAGCUCCCCGAGCCGCUGUUCACCAAGGGCCUGUUCGACAUGCUGGUGGACGGCCUGAGCGUGUGCCUGCCAGACGAUCCGGACGGCAAUGCCAAGCUUAUGCUUAGCAUCCUAGACUGCCUGCCCAAGGUCAAUCGGUGCACGGCGCUGUUCCUGCUGGACCACCUGAAGCUGGUGAGCAGCCGCAGUGACCGCAACAAGAUGGGUUCCCUCGCCCUUGCCCAAUGCUUCGGCCCCGUGGUGGUGUGCCACGCCGAGAGCGGCGCUCCUGUCGCCGACCUCCGGAGGCCCAUCGAGGUGUUCGCCUACCUGCUCGACAUCUGGCCACUCAACAGGGCCGCAUUCGUGAUGCCCAGCGCCUCGGACCUGAGCCAGGGCCUCGGUCCCGGGGCAUCGGCGGUACCGGGAGGCGCCUCCAUGUCGCUGCUCUCUUCCGGGGCGGACAAGAUGGGCUCUGGGGCCUUGUCGUCCUCUCCGUCGGCAUCGUGCGUCGUGGGCACGGCUUCCGCGGGGACGGCGGUGUCCUCGGCGGCGCCGACGUCGACACCUUCGACGGCAUCUUCGGUGGUCACGUCGGCCGCAUCGACCGUGGCGGAGCAGGGCGACUCCAAGCACUGGCCGAGCCAGAGAUCAUCACUGCCAGAAUCCGCCUGUUGACCCCGUGCUACUCCUUUCACCCCAGAAUGACAUCCUUCCCCUUCGCGUCCCGAUGAAUGCCCCCGUAGCCGGACAACCGCCGCCUAGACGUCGUUACUGUUACGCGCUGAAACGGUCUUCACCUCCGCGGGUGAAGCAGAAGUGCUGCUUCCAGCGCUGACGUCUUUCUUGGCUGUCUGGUAACUUGGCGUCGACCCAGCACGAAAGAUAGUGCUCUUAGUGUACACUUAAGCCGCAGUCAUACUGCUUGUACAUCAUGCAAAAUACACCUGCAGACAUACCUCAAGCGUAUUCGAAGCGCCUUUGCUUCGUACACGCGUACGCUUCGACCGUGUCUACAGACAGCUUGUGUAUGGCCGACGGGACGUUAAACCGGAAAGAAACCCGUCUCAAACAACGCCUGCAAACUGUCUUUUGUGUGUUAUAUUCGCAGUGCGAGUGCUGCUCUAGACCACCAAAAGCACUCUUUCUUGUUGUAUAAUCUUACCGACAUGCAAAAGGUGUGGACCCUGGUAGAAGUGCUCCGGGCGCAGAAGAGGCGGCACUUUUCUCCGGUGGUGGUGGACGCACGUUUGCUCACGCAGCGUCGUAAGGGAGCGGAUAUGCCCCACGGGACACACUCAUUCGUGUCAAUUGUGCAAGUUAAAAGACAAAAAAAUAAUACGGGAGAAUAGUCCUACCGCAACGGCUGAAACCCCAGACACACAAAAUCAGCCAUUUCAAAGCAAGCCGACUUCUAGAUGUAUAUGUACCAUAAGUUUUGUCUCGCUUAAUGGCACCAUAACAUAAGCCUGUCAUGCUAUACGCGUGUGCCCUACCUCGAGAUAUCGGGCCAUUCAGCACCGCGAACUUACGUGUGUUCUGAAAGGAAUUGAUUGAAUACCUUUCCUAUAAAGGGUGUAAUUAGGCGGAGACAAGGGCUCCACAAACGGCUUGGUGUGCGAAUUCAACGACGCAGAAAUUACGGUACGAGCUGGUCGGUCGGCGUUCCGUUAUCUUCAAAAUCAAGCGCGCAGGACAAGAAGAAGAAACAUCUGUCGUGGCCUUCCGACGGAUGCUUAGCCGAGAUACUUGACCGAUGAAAACUUGGCACACGAGGAAAACAGAAAUCAGUCGGUUACGUUCCGUGCGUUUGCUUUGGGAGGAUGCUUCCGUUCGCCAGUAUUUGAGCUGCUGUGCCAUUGGCGGAGCUUCUGAAACUUUAGGUAUUAAGCGCCUAGAAGGCUCGUUUCGGUACCUUUUUUUUUUUUUUUCUUCUAUUAGGUGAGCGUAAAUUGACACGUGGGGCGGUGCACGGCUAGCGGCGGUUGUCUGGUUACCACUUCCCGUCAAAAUAUUUGCUUCGCCGUUUGGUUUUCUUAUAUCGCACGCUUGUCACCAGUGGGUUCUUUCACACCCUUCUAGGUUUUCUUGGGCCUCGAUUUGCGUCUCAUGUUUUCCCGAGAUAUCCCGUUCUUCGUGGAUCCCGCCUUGAAGAUCCCCUCUGCCUAUCGGGCCCAUCCCUGUUUUUGGUUACGACGCGCGCGACUCCCCUUCGACAACUGGUGAGCGUUUCUUUUAGGGUGCUCCCUGCGGCAGCGCUCGGCAUUUCGUACUUGGUUCUAGAACAAAAACGGGAAUACAGCAGCUUGCAGAAAGACCUAAAGGAGGAAGCUUGAGAUUGUGUUUUCUCAGCGUCUUCCCCCGAGCGUAUACCAGACGCUCGUCGAGAUGCUCAGAGUUGUGGUGAUGUUCCCCGCAUCUCGCCGACUGUGUCUAAUUUAAGGAGGUUGAUAAUAAAUUGAAUGUAAGCCAAAGAAAGCGUGUUUAAAAGAAAAAAAAACUAUCAAAUGUUGAUUACUAUUGUAACGUACGCUUCAUCGUCGUAAUGCGCAGUAUGUCUCGAAGAGGGAAAAAAAAAUGGCUAUGCAGGGAGCACACUAAGCAAGCUAAAAGGCUCGACCGCAAUACCGGUGGAAUUUUUUUUUUUUUUCUUAUUCGUCGCUAAUACGUUCGGAUCGCAACGAUUCACUGGUCGUUCGCAUUUAAUCUCGCCACUUACCCGACAAGCACCGAAAGGUAACGAGCAAAAAACAAACAAAGUUCGUAUUGCACAGACCCACACCAAACCUCCCGAAAUGUGCAGCUGUACUAUCAUGUAGCUUACAUAUUUGUCCUCCCUAAAUCGACUCGAAUAAGAUGCGAGCGGCCGGCGAUGUUGGAAUGCCCUCCCUGCAAUCGGCGCGAUUAAAACUACAGCUCACGCCUCUUCCCUCUCCCCACCAAAAGGAGCAAGAAGUGGGGAAGAUAAGGAAUGCAAAAUUCGUUCUUGUAGAACUUCCUCCAGCUUUUUUUUUUUUUUAAUCUUAUCAAGAAAGAGAUAAAGAAAGUUAACGCAACAAAAAGGCGGGGUGAGAGGCAUAAAAAAAAAGUAUUUAAUUAUAGGACGAAGAAAGGCGUCUUCUUAACGGGUUGCAGUAUAUACUACGGUUGUGACUUGGGUGGACGUUACGGAACCACGGUAUUUUUUUUUUUUUUUUUCUUUUUUUGAGGCUGGAACGAUUGCUCGCGUUUUCUCCCGAAAACACGACGCAUUGAUCCGUGGAGCGAGUACACGCAUCAUCGGAUACACGACCCGCUACGACAGUUCUUGUUUCAAACGCGCGUGCACAACGUUGCGUGUGCGUCUCUCCCUUACCGCAGUGUUCGUUGAGAAGGUCUCUCAUUUGUCUUUUUGUAUUAUUGCCACUACUUCAGGAAACGGGCCCCCGGGCAGUCAACGUGUGGGCUGAGCCCGUUCGGUUUACCGCGAACGGAUUUUGCAUCGCCAACCGCCGCACUUGAGCGGCGUGGACUUUUUUUUUUUUUUUCUUUGGCGGUGUUUUCGAAGGAGGGCUUCUUGGAAUGGCAAGGUAUACAACAGACCCGUCGAAGAAAGUAGCUCGUUUUUUUUUUUCGCGACGUUUGGACGACGAUGUCUCCUUUUCCCCCCUCCCAGUUCUCCCCGGUUGGUAUACGUCGCGCUUCUUGGCUCCGCGCGUCCCGCGACGGUCCCCCGGCGACUUGUUAGCUCCUUUUUUAAGUGGCAAUUGUGAUUUUAUAUCGAGGCGACGCGGUUCCGUUGCACGCGCCGCGAACCGUCGCCGAGCACCUUGCCGUGCCGUCGGCGUUUCUCGGGAUGCGCGUGCAAUGCGGCCGCGGCGCCCGCGAAAGCAUGUUAUGAACCAAUACAUUCCGUGAGUGAAUGAUGUUGAAACGAGUGUACACCUACCACUCUACCGAGGCGUAUACGCGAAACAAUAAACUCCGAUCUGGUUCUCUCUCACACAUUCCUAAUUAUAGCGUGGAGUGUAUACCUGUUUGAUUGAUCGCAAGAAAUAAAUCAGUUUGAAAAUGUCA